AUGUCCUCUGACGACGAUGCCGACGAGGCUCAAUUCGUCUCAUUCGUUCGUGAGCACAUCAGCUCCAGGCUCACGGCGCGCGCGUCGUCGUCGACGAAGGAAAAAGAUGAUUCGCGUCGACGGACCUCUAACGGUCCUGACGAUUUCAUAGACGAAGCUUCGUCGAUUCCGUCGACGCCGCGGCGUGUUGAGGCCGAGGCGGUGAUGCACGCGGCACGAGAAAGCGCUCGGAAGGCGCGAGAGCAAUCGCGGGCGUCAGCGAGCAAGCAGCGCGCGGAUGAGAGCGCGCACCGUAGAAACGCGAGCGCGGUAAAGUUGGCGCUCGCCGUGCGGAGAACGAACGGGAGCGAAGACGGUGGCGUCGAGCGACAAUUGGACAUGGAGAGCGACAGAGGUAUGCAGAGUGAGGACGAUUUGCGAACGCCCGUAAGGGUGGGAUCAUUUCGAUCACGCAAGGUUGUUCACGAGGGGUUCGCGCGCGAAGCGAGCGGGCGAAGAGCGUCUCUGACGCCGCCGCGCGGGCAGUUGAUGUCGGUCGUUUCUCCGGUUCACGAACGUAGUUUGGUGGGAAAGACGGUCACGGAUGCGUCAACGAGCGAAAUGGAGGUGGAGACGACGACGACGACGACGACGACGAUGAUGGCGAUGACGACCGGCGAGAGGCAACUCGGGCACCUUUCUCGCGGGGGUACGAAACAAGACUUGAUGAACGUCCGAGCGGUUGAGACGGAGAUCGAGCGACUCCGAGCUAAGGUGGCAGCGUUGACCCGUGAACUUGACAUAAUCAGUGUGGAGAAGCAAACAUGGCAGAACGAGCGCGUGCGGAUGUCCGCGCUGAUGACGGCUGCUGAGGAGGAUUUGAAGACAACGGAGUCGCGCAUGUCCAAGACGGAGUCUCGAUUGGCGGCGGCGAUGAACGAGCGAGAAAAUGCGCUGAUAGAGGCCGACCGCUUGCGUGAGUCGCUCGAGCGGACGCGAAGGGAGUUUGAGGAGAUGAACGAGCGGUCGUUGGGCGAGCACACGUCGACGAUCAGUCGCAUGGAGCUCUCGAUACGGGAGUAUCAGCUGAAAAUCGAGCGUCUCGAGACAUCGCUGGUGGAGACAGAGACAAAGAUUCGUACAGACGAGGUGGCGAUGAAAAAAGUCGAGGAAGAACUGGCGACUACCAAGUUAGAUUUGCACUCGGCACAAUCGCACGUGGCGAGCCUUAAAGACGUAGAAGGGAUAAUGGGGACCGAAGCCGAACGAAUAAGGAGUGAGAUUGUGCAGCUCAACCAGGCGCUCAAGGAGCGCGAUACGAAGUUUGCCGAAGCGACAGAUCGGUUCAAAAAGUUAGAGACUGAAAACGAGGGACUCAUGGAGGACAUCGCGAGGUUGAACGAAACGAUUGCGCUGACGAAUAGUACCAUGCGUCAAAAGGAUGAGGCCAUUGACAGCGCGCACGCUGACGCAGAGUGCGCGAGGGCUGAACGGAGCGAAGCCUUGGAUGAACUCAGGAAGCUGCAUUCGACGUUGACGGCGAAAGAUGCCGACUUGGAGAGCGAAAAGCGAGCGAAGGAGGAGUUAACGGCGACACUCGAGGAGACUCGAGCGGCUUUGACCUCAAAGACGGCGGAGAAACGAGCAUUCGAGAUGGAAAUGGCUGACCUCAAGGUCGAAAUUUCAACGCUCCGCACCAGACUUGAGAAGGAGGCGAAGAGGGCCAUGACGAGCGAAGAGAGAAUUGAGUCGGCCAAGGAAGCGUUCGCGGCGCGUCUCGCCGCCGCAUCAGAGAAACAGGCAUCGUUCCAAGGCAGGCUUCUCGAAAUGAAAUCAUCCGUCGAGUCUGAGAAGAAGAAAAUUGAGGAAGAGGCGCGGAUAGAAAUCGAGUCGCUCACUGCUGAGCUAAAAGAUUUGCAACGCCAGUUAGCAGAAAAGGAUGGGGCGUACAAGAGUGCAUCGAAAAAUUCGGCGCACUUUGAGAAAAAGCUCGAGAUCACCGCGGAGCAACUCAGCCAGGCGAAGUCCGACCUGAUGCAGCUCAAGGCGAAGGUGAACGAGGGCGAUCUUCGAAGAGUCGAGCUCGAGCACUCUAAGGAAGAACUUCGGGAGUCGCUGGAAAAGAUCAAACUCAUGGAAACGGAGCGCUCAGAACUUUUGUUGCAUCUGAAGAGCGCGAGAAAGGACGUUUCGAUGCUUCAGGGCAAAGUUGCCGGCUUGGAAACCGCCGCUGAUUUGGCGGCGGCGGACCGGGAUACGUUACUUGAGAGGUUGCAUGCCGUGGAGCAAGAGGUGGAGUCGAUGACUGAAGAGAACGAGCUCACAUCGUCCAUGGCGGCGCAGGCAAACAUGACCGCGAACGCCAAGGUGUCGAAGCUGGAAAAGCAACUCGCCGCAUUGAACAAGGAGAUUGAUAUUUUACGCGAUCAGCACGACACCAAUGCCGAGGAGAUCAAGCGCCGAGAGAACACCUCGAACGAGGCAUUCAUCGAGCUACAGAAGAAAAUGGAAGUUGCUGACCGUCGCGUCAAGGAACUCACGAGCGAAGUCAACGAAUGCAAGAAGAAUUCCGAGAUGGACAAGAGGAAGUUGCAGGAGAGCGAACGACGCGUUCAGGAUGAGACAAACUCCCGUGAAGCCUUGGAGCUCGAGCUUGAGGAUUUGCGACAGAAGUAUCAGUCUGCUGAGUCUCGAGUGUACGAAUUGAACACCGAAAUUCUCUUGGUGAACAAAGAGCUCGAGAGGGAGAAGAUCAACUCGACAAGGCACGCCAAGACGGAUGCGGGAGGCAUGAAGGGAAUGAAGUCGUCUCGCGACGAGGCACUCACCAAGGUGAACCACUUGACCGCAGAUUUAGCGAAAGUCACCGCAGAAAGAGAUCUUCUGCAGCAAUCCAUAACGAGUAUGGAUAAGCGACUGGAUUUCGAGCGUCAGGCUUUCGCCACGCAGGUCAAAGAAGCUGUGAAAGAUGCGACAAAAUCAAAGGAAAAUGAGAAUGUCGUCUUGCGCAGAGAAUUGGAUGCCGUUCCUCUGGACGAUAAGAACCACGAAUUAGCGCUCGCGCGAGAAUCCGUGUCUGAGCUCAAAGCGAACGUCACGAGGUUGACGCACCAGCUUGAGCACGCGAACGAAUUGCUCGCGACUGCGCAACGAGAGGCAUCCAUGUCGCAACAAGAUGAACAGGAUGAGCUCAGAAUAGCACGUAAAGAACGCGACGAAUCCAAGCGCGCGCUCGAAGAGGUCGAGGCUCGGCUCGCGUCUGCGCUCGCCGAGAAAGAGUGGUUCGAAAAACACAACGAGGCCACAGAGGCUGAAUUGAAGGCAUCCAAGGCGGCAGCUGCUGCGGCCACGAAAAUGAGCGAGCAAGCGCGCACGCAGCUGGCCCGGUACAAACACCUCAGCCCUAAGGCACUGCUAUCGCCGACAAAGCACAGAGGUUUCGGUUCGCCGAUGAUCAGCGGUCAGUUGGCGUCGCCACUGAAGUGGUUUUCACGACAGACGGAGAGGACUCCUGAGGUGCGCACGCCGCCGAAUAAUUUAUUCAACAAAUUUUCCAUGGCGACGCCAACAGUGCCGACGAGAACGCCGGGAGGAUCCUGGCGUGUGCCAUCUCGCCCCGAAAGUCUGGGCGAGGCGCUUCAAACGCUGAUGUUCAUCGGCGCGUUCAUCUUCAUACUCUUAGUGUUUUUGGCGGUCACUCCAAUGAUCGCUCAGCGCGAAGCGCUCAGACGCUCUUCGAUCACGCCGCCGAGAUAUUCGCACGGGUGCGGAAUCAUGUUCCGCGUGAACGAUGCUGUGCUUGAAUUCGCGCACGGCUUGCUGGGAAUGUCAUAUCGGUCGAUGUGCGCCCAACAGCCCCCGAGUUAG